CUUCCGCCAAAAAAAAAAAAAGCCCCUAAGUACAUAGGACAGGUGUAUAAUGCAGUACCGCAGUACAAACGCUGGGUGGCGGUGUCACCAUUUUGAUGGGGUAUCAAGUCACGUGACCGCGGCACCGCCAGGCGUGUAUGCCGACUGACAGCGAUGUAAACACUCACUUUUUCCCUGCAUAUAUCAUGGAUUUUCAGAUGUAAAGCCAAGACCUCCUGGAAAGUCGGUGGGCAUGGCCUCGUCCUCCAGCUUCGCCCCUCCGAAACUGGAUGAUUUCAUCCUGACGGAGCGGCUCGGCAGUGGCACCUAUGCCACCGUCUACAAGGCCUUCAGAAAGGGGGACAGUCGAGAGGCGGUGGCUGUAAAGGUGGUUGCAAAGAAAACGCUCAACAAGGCGUCCACGGAGAACCUGCUGACUGAAAUUGAGAUUCUCAAGACUGUGCGUCACCCGCACAUUGUGCAGCUGAAAGACUUUGUGUGGGAUUCCGAUAACAUUUAUUUGAUCCUGGAAUGGUGUUCUGGUGGAGACCUGUCCCGUUUCAUUCGCAGUCGUCGGAUCUUACCGGAAAGAGUCGCCAGGCGUUUCCUGCAGCAGAUGGCCUGUGCUCUCCAGUUUCUACACAAGCGAAACAUCUCCCACUUGGACUUGAAACCACAGAACAUCUUGCUCAGUGGAUCGGUUCUCAAACUAGCAGACUUUGGCUUCGCCCAGUAUAUGUCACCGUGGGACGAGAAGAGCGUGCUGAGGGGCUCUCCUCUCUACAUGGCUCCUGAGAUGGUGUGUCGGCGACAGUACGACUCCAGAGUGGAUCUCUGGUCGGUGGGGGUCAUUCUUUAUGAGGCACUAUUUGGGCGCGCUCCCUUUGCUUCAAAGUCGUACUCUGAAUUGGAGGAGAAGAUUCGGAGCAACCAACCCAUUGAGCUCCCACCCGGGGCCAGGGUCUCCAAGCAAUGCCGAGACCUCCUCCUGCGCCUCCUGGAGAGAAACCCAGACACGCGGAUCACCUUUGAGGAGUUUUUCACGCACCCCUUUGUGGACCUGGAGCACAUGCCGAGUGCCGAGAGCUUAGGGAAGGCGAAAGAGUUGGUCCUGCAGGCAGUUCAGAAGGACCAGGAGGGCGAGAGGUCCACAGCACUGUCUUUCUACUGUAGUGCCCUGGAGCACUUUGUCCCGGCUAUUUACUAUGAGACGAACCGGCAGCGUAAAGAUGUCCUCAGGCAGAAGGUCAGCCAGUACGCGUCCAGAGCAGAAGAACUGAAAGCCCUGGUGGCCUCGGACAACAAGCUCAUCUUUGAGGAGGCCCGCACCUCCAGGGACGUCCUCCGAGAAAUGUCCCGUGACCAACCACGGCUGCUGUCUGCGCUGGAGAUGUCCUCCGAAGCCAUCGCUAAGGAGCAGAGCGGACUGGAUGAUAACGAGGCCUUGGAAGAAUACCAGCGGUGCUUAGGAGAACUUCUGCUGACGCUUGCAGCCGAGCCGCAGGGACGCCGCCGAGAGCUACUCCACAGCGAGAUCAAAAGUCUCAUGAGCCGAGCGGAGUACCUCAAAAAGAACAUCAAGAUGCAGGAGACUCAAAGGGACGCCUCACUGGACCGGGAGCCUCUAUCGGACUCCGUAAGAAGCUCUUGCUGUGUGCAGUAAGACCAAAAUGGCCACCGCGAGAACCGGCUGGCUUGGCCCAUCGGACCAUUUUGCCGAGCGUGAAGCCAACAAGGCUCUGUGCUCGGGGGCCAAAGCAAACCUGCAUCCCACCUCACCUCCCACAUUCUGGCUGGGUGGGAAAGUCCUGCCAAAAGUGCAAAAUGAUGUUUUUAGUUGUUGCUGGAGAGAAUUCAGCAGGUAGCAAGAGCUGCUUUUUUUUUUUUUUUUUUUUUUUUUUUUUUUUGUUCUUCGAGCUUAGACCCCACCGGAGAACUGUUUACGACUUUCAAGUCGUAACCUUUGAGACACUCACAAAGUGACGCUAGCCAGUUGUUAUCGUGAGAGAUUCUCUGGCUAACAUUUGUCUUGGCUGUAAUGUAAACAUUAGCUUCUGUGCUCCAUCACUUACAUCUAUACACUGCUAUAAUCGUUGAACGCGUCGCUCUAACUGGUGGACAAGUCAAAGUAAUUUGUGUCUUAUUUACUUUAAUUUAAAAGCAUUAGCAGCAAACUGUGAAAAUAUGUGGCGGGUAAACGCGAACGUGAGACCUCACCAUGGUGUUUACUGUAGUAGUGAGACAGUUGUACUGAAGCCUCUGCAAACAUAAACAUGCAGUGGAACCUCUCAAGGUAAAACCAUGUUUGUUUUUGUACCAUUAGAAAUUAUUUGAAAUUGGAUUGAUCUGUUCCACAGUCAAUUAAUAGGAAUGAAUUGUAACACAAGCGUAAAAAGAAGUUCAUCACUGCUGUAGUAAAACAAGCAAACACUAAAUUGCGGACUCGGCCUUUAUGACACCCGGGGACAAAGGCGCCGCGAAUCGAGACAGAGCUUUACUGACCUUCUUACUUGUCUUACAAAUGUAAAAAGAAGUUUACCGCUCGAUUACCGCUAAAUUGUGUACUCACCCUUGACAAAUGCGAUAGCAUAUCGGGAAGCGAAUUGUUGAAGGCUUUUUUUUUCUGACAUUCUUACCUCACAAGUUUAAAAAAAAGUCAGGAAUUGCACAUUAACUUUGUAUUUUUUUUAAUUUAUUUUUUUACAUUUGUUUAUUGAAUUUUUGACAUAUACAGUCCAGAAAUACAAUCAAACACAUGUCAAAUGGUGUUUUUUCCUCUAAACAAGUGACACUUAAAAAUGAUAUGUAAAAUAAAAUUAAAAUAAAUAAAAUAGAAUAAAUAAAUUUAUAAAAAUAAUAAAGUCAAAUAAGUAAAGGCAAAUAUUGACACAAAAGCAGAAAAUAAGCUAAUUAUCUACAUUUCAGUUGGAGUGUAAAUUUGAGAUCAGUCUCUUCGACAUAUUUUAGGAAACCACCCCAUACUUGCAUUGCACAACACUUCUUCAUCACCAUGAAUUGAUUAACGUGGACCUUAAACAAGUUGAAAAACUUAUUCGGGUGUUACUGUACUGUGCAAUCAACUAAUAAAAGUUUCAAUCAAUCAA